CCGGUCUGCCGGGAGUCCAACAGAAGAAGAAGAAGCGUUGCUGUCGUGUGAUUGGUUGUUUCAGCAACGUGACAUUUGAAUGGCAACCGGAAGUUAGCCGACUAGCUAGAGGGCAGCUAACAACCAGUGCGUCGUUACAGCACACCUCAGCAGCACUCUGAACUGUGUGUUUACUAAUCGACUGAUUCCACGAUGUUUAAAGUCUGACUCACAUGAAGGACAUGACCUUGUGAUACACAUCUGUCUGGAGAGGCAGGAAUCAGUCUGAUGAGGGGGCACCUACAGCUGGCAGGAUGCAGCAGAAAAGGAACAUCCAGAUCAUCGAGUGGGAGGACCUCGACAAAAGGAAGUUCUACUCCUUCGGGGUGUUCAUGACGAUGACCAUCCGGGCCACCGUCUACCCGGCCACACUCAUCCGCACUCGGCUGCAGGUGCAGAGGGGCACAUCACUCUACGGCGGCACCUUUGACGCCUUCUUCAAGAUCCUGCGGGCGGAGGGCGUCCGAGGCCUUUAUCGCGGCUUCAUGGUCAACUCCUUAACACUCUUCUCAGGCCAGGCGUACAUAACCACCUACGAGCUGGUGAGGAAGUACGUCUCCCAGUAUUCUGAGGACAAUACGGUCAAGUCACUGGUGGCGGGCGGCGCGGCCUCCCUGGUCGCUCAGAGCAUCACUGUUCCUAUAGAUGUUGUCUCUCAGCAGCUGAUGAUGCAGGGCCAAGGGGAGCACCUCACCCGCUUUCGAUUUCUCGAUUCUAACACAGAGAAGGGGAAGACCAAAAAAGUGUUCGGCCAAACUAGGAACAUUAUGGCUCAGAUUUUUGCUGCUGAUGGUUUCCGGGGUUUCUACAGGGGAUACGUGGCUUCUCUACUCACGUAUAUCCCAAACAGUGCUGUCUGGUGGCCUUUCUAUCAUUUUUAUGCUGAGCAACUCUCUAAACUGGCUCCCAGUGACUGCCCUCAUUUGCUUCUACAAGCCAUGGCUGGACCUCUAGCCGCUGCUACUGCCUCAACUGUCACCAACCCAAUGGAUGUGGUCAGAGCCAGGGUGCAGGUUGAAGGGAGGUCUUCUGUCAUCGAGACGUUCAAGCAGCUGGUUAAAGAGGAGGGCUGCUGGGGAUUGACCAAAGGACUGUCGGCACGCAUCAUCUCAUCCACACCCACCGCCAUCGUCAUGGUGGUCGGCUAUGAGACGCUAAAGAAACUGAGUUUGCGACCGGAGCUGGUGGACUCGAGACACUGGUAGAAGAUACCUGCACAGACAAUAAUAUGGACCACGUGUCAUUUUAGCCCUAAAUUAGACUUCCUGUGAAAACACUGGAUGUUUAUUUUAAAUAACAACCUGGGGAACAAAAUGGAAUUGGACUUUGAACAGAUGCAGAUUGUUGCAACAUUCACACAGGACCCAGGUUCACAGUUGAUAUUGCUGCUUAACAGGCUUGAAGCUUUUUAGUGCUGUUGAAAGUGGUGAAUAAAAUGUUUUAACACUGGAAGAUGCAAACAAAUUGAUGCAACCUGACACGAUUCAUUUUUACCGCUCUACAAUAAUAUUUAAGCGUCUUUGCAGUGGAGAAAAGUGGAAUUGAUUGCUGUCAGACAGAUGGUUACUGUGUUUGUGCUGUCCCAGAGCCAAGCAGUGUUGGUUCAGGGUUCAGAGAAAGGUUGCAUAACUUAUGAUGACGCAUUCACGUCGGCAGUAAACAAAGAUUUCCUAAGUGUUUGUUUCCUUACACUCGCUAAACAGGCUUCUCUGUCUAGUUCCUUUGUUUUGGCCUUUUUAAAUUGCUGCCUUCAUAGUGUGAUAAAGUCAAACAAUCUGCUUUUUGUUUUGUGAGAAGAAGAACAGUAGGUAUUAGACUUUGUGUAUCAUGGCAGCCUCUGUGUUGUAAGUAUAUUUAAUUUACAUUUGUCUUGAACGUUGCACAAACCAAGUUAAAAUAAAUGACUUCACAAAUUCCAUACAAAACACUAUUGAUGCACAGAACACUAUUUUAUCAGCUUUGUUUUUGUAACAUACUAGUCUGCUGUCUCCCUGAAAUUGUAGAAAAGAUUGCAGUAAUCAAGCCGGUUAAUAAAUGAUUUGGUUUGCUGGAAACUUCCAAGAAUUUGAGAAUAACUGAAGUAUUUCAGUUAAAACCUGUGAAGAUUGAAGGACACUAAGAAGAAAUAACGCCAUUUCCCUCUUGUGACAGUAAACGUUUGAGUGCAAUAACGUAAAUGUUUUAUCCUUUUCAGCACAAAAUGUGAUUGGUUUUUUUUCGUGUAAAUUGUGUGAAUAAUAUGUGUUAAAGGAAUUCAUUAUACAUAAUUUAUAUUUUUCAUCUUUUGGGGGAUUAUGACCACAGAAGUGUCCCAACUUCACGUUAUGUUUAAGUUUGUUUUUCAUGUGUUUAAGAUGAAUAACUUGGAGUAUUGUGGCUCAUUCAGUUUGUUGCUUUUGUAAGUUUUUUUUCUUUUUAGGAAAGGUGAAAAUAAAACUUAAUGAAGUUUAAAAA